ACCGUCAUCACCUGCAUCGGGACGCUGAAGAAGAGCACGGCCGACGAAGAUGGCGUCAGCUGUUUGGUGAUCGGCACGGAGAGCUGCGACGUCUUCGUGCUCGACCCCGAGGCCUUCAUCAUCCUCUCCACAGUAAGCUGCCCCGCCCCCCCCACCAUGAUGGAUGUUACCGGGCAGUUUGACGUUGAGUUUCGCAUCACGGUGGCGUGUCGCAACGGAAACAUCUACAUCCUGCGCAGGGAGUCGGAGAAACCGAAGUACUGCAUCGAGCUGUCGAGCCACCCGGUGGGUCUGGUGCGGGUCGGGAAGAACGUGGUGGUGGGCUGCGCCGACGAGAGCCUGCAGGGGUUCACCCAGAAGGGGAAGAAGCUGUGGACCGUCCUCCUCCCGGCUCCCAUCACCACCAUGGCCUCCAUGGAGCUCCCGACCCGGGGUCUGCAGGCGGUUCUGGUGGGUCUGGCUAACUGUGAGGUCCAGCUGUACCGAGACAAGAGCCUGCUGAGCACCAUCAAGACCCCCGAGGUGGUCUCCAGCAUCUGCUUCGGCCGCUACGGGCGCGAGGACGGGACGCUCAUCAUGACCACCAAGGACGGCGGUCUGAUCGUGAACAUCCUGAAGAGGACGGCCUCCUUUGAGGACCGUGCGGCCGCGGCCGGGCCGCCGCUGGCUCAGAGUGUCCGGCUCAACGUGCCCAAGAAGACCAAGCUGUACGUGGACCAGACGCUGCGGGAGCGAGAGAGCGGCGCCGCCAUGCACCGGGCCUUCCAGAUGGACCUGAGCCGCCUGCGCCUGGCCGCCGCCGGCGCAUACGUCAAGGCUCUGGAGUCCAGCCUGACUCCGAUGUCCUGCCGCCUCAGCGAGCCUCUGAAGAUGAACGCCGUGGUGCAGGGCCUCGGUCCGGCCUUCAAACUCACGCUGAACGUCCAGAACACGGCGGCGUGUCGACCCGUCGCCAACCUGGCCGUCAGCUUCCUGUACGACGAGAGUCUGUACCGCAUGCGGACGCCGUACCUGAGGAUCCCGCUGCUGGUGCCCGGCGUCGUUUACCCCGUGGAAACCUUCGUGGAGUGCAGCAGCGACAAGGGCAUCUCUGACAUCAUCAAAGUGUUCGUGCUGCAGGAGGGCAGCAGCGCGCCCCUGCUCAGCGCGCACAUCAACAUGCCGGUUAGUGAGGGGCUGACUAUCAACUGAAAACAAGAAGUUAAUAUCAACAUGCCGGUUAGUGAGGGGCUGACUAUCAACUGAAAACAAGAAGUUCAUAUAAACAUGCCAGUGAGAGAGGGGCUGACUAUCAACUGAAAACAAAAAGUUCAUAUAAACAUGCCAGUGAGAGAGGGGCUGACUAUCAACUGAAAACAAAAAGUUCAUAUAAACAUGCCAGUGAGAGAGGGGCUGACUAUCAACUGAAAACAAGAAGUUAAUAUCAACAUGCCGGUUAGUGAGGGGCUGACUAUCAACUGAAAACAAGAAGUUCAUAUCAACAUGCCGGUUAGUGAGGGGCUGACUAUCAACUGAAAACAAGAAGUUCAUAUAAACAUGCCAGUGAGAGAGGGGCUGACUAUCAACUGAAAACAAGAAGUUCAUAUAAACAUGCCAGUGAGAGAGGGGCUGACUAUCAACUGAAAACAAGAAGUGCAUAUCAACAUGCCGGUUAGUGAGGGGCUGACUAUCAACUGAAAACAAGAAGUUAAUAUCAACAUGCCGGUUAGUGAGGGGCUGACUAUCAACUGAAAACAAGAAGUUAAUAUCAACAUGCCGGUUAGUGAGGGGCUGACUAUCAACUGAAAACAGGACUGACAAACAUCACAGGAAAAACAAGAACUGACCAAAGAGGAAGAACUUUAUUUAUAAAUACUUUACAUUUUAGGAAAUCUUCAACAAUAUGUAUAACAAGGGAAAAAACAGAAUUUCAGAGAUUGAACAAAUAAAGCCGUAUUUUUUAUUUUGAAAGAAAAAUCCCUUACAAUUCUGCUUUUUAAUAAUUAUAUUUUAAUAAUCACAGAUCAUUUUGUGGUAGAUUUACCAUUUUAAUCAAGGAAAGUGAAGGUUUUACGAGGGUCUCGUUUGCAUUACGAGGCCUUCGUAGAUAUUGCAUCCACGUCUACAGGAAUGAUUUGUUCAUUACAAAAAAUAUUUAAAUAUUGUACGAUUAAAUGUAUUUCUGUUCCGUAGAUUCGUCCAUAUUUAAAUUAGUUUUGUGUUCAUUUUACUACAGAUUUAUUAUAAACUGUUUGAGUUCUCAGUGUACAAAAUCACUGCAGACGAAAAAAUACCUUUUGGUUUUAUUUAUGAAUGUUUGUAAAGAAAUAUUUCCCGAACAAAUAAAAAGUAAUUUUCUGUGUUUUUGUAGUCUUGUACAAAAUAAAAUAAAAUAAUAAAUAAA